AUGAACAUCCUAUCAGCUACGAAAAAUGACCCAACCUUUCAACGGCUCUACACCCUGAUACAAAGAGGAUGGCCAGAUGAACCACAACAACUUGAUCAGGAUCUCAAACCAUACUGGAACUUUAGAGACGAACUGUCCAUCAACAAUGGUUUUAUAUAUAAAGGACACUGUACCAUGAUACCAAACGGACUGAGAAAUGAAAUGCUUCAGAAAAUACAUACCAAUCACAUGGGUGCAGCUUCCAACACGAGAAUGGCAAAAGAAGUACUUUUCUGGCCAAAUAUGGCAAGAGACAUUACUAACAUGUGUCAUGACUGCUCCGAUUGUGCAAAAUACCAAAGAUCAGCAUCUAAAGAACCGAUGCGAUCAAUUCCUGUUCCGUCACUCCCUUGGCAAAUUGUUAGCCAAGAUCUGUUUGAAUACGAGAAUAAGGACUAUCUGGUCACAGUAUGCCACUUCUCUGACUGGAUUGAAGUUGAUCACUUACCAAACACCCUUGCCUCUACUGUUGUAAGGCACACCACAGCACACUUUUCGCGUUAUGGGAUCCCUGAAAUAUGCCAUACAGACAAUGGACCACAGUUCAUCAGCAAUGAGUUCAAGAAUUUCGCCAAACAAUAUGGCUUCCACCAUACUCGCUCUGCUCCAUAUUUCCCAAAAGGGAAUGAGCGUGCUGAAGCUGCAGUCAAAGUUGCAAAAAACAUGCUCAAAAAGUCUCAAGACUUCCAAAUAGCGCUUCUAAACUACAGAAAUACUCCGCAACAGGGACACUUGAGUUCCCCUGCACAAAGAAUGAUGAACCGAAGAACCCGAACUAUGCUACCAACCUCAAAGUCUGCACUUUUACCAUCACCCAUAGACGUAGCCAAUACAACACAACAGAUAAUUGACAAACGAAGAACAGCCAAGGAAAUAUACGACCGUCAUUCAGGACCGGUUCACGACAAACCAGACGUUGGCACAUACGCAUAUGCUAAACCACCUCCACAAAAACGGGGACAACCAUGGACGUAUGGACGAAUAAUCAGAAAAAAUGACAUGUCGUAUACCUUGCAAACACCACAGAAUACCAUUAUCACAAGAAACCGGGUUCACAUCAAACCAGCGGCAGCACCAUCCGGGCCACUGAGCAUACAUAAAACUGUCAUCGUACAACCUCAACAUACCACAGUCAAACCACGGUUGGAUCAAAUAACACCUGCACACAAUCAAGCACCUAUAACCCAUGUAGCACGACCUCUUCCAUCUGAACGACCACGCAGCAGUCCACAAGCAAAGCAAGCCUCAAUCGAAGAUUCGUCCAUGACACCAAUAAGGCCACAGAGAACAACUAAAUUACCAACUCGCUUUAAGGACUAUGUCAUGUCGUAA